UAAAAAUAUAUAUUAUCCACAGGCCUCUCGUCUUAAUACUCAACUUUAGAGAUGCUGUUUUUUUGUAGUAGCUAGUUCGUCGCGUCCCCUUUAAGUGGUGUUGGGUGUAGGCUGUGUGAAACUCGAAGGGAAGCUAAAAGAGUCAAACUGAAGGUAACAGUUCUUUAAACAAUUUUUACUCCAACGGCACAUUUAGACUGUUUAAACAUAUAAUUUUUUAGAUAAAUAGAUUUAGCAAACCUCCAUGUGAACGCUUUCAACUUCUGUGUGAAAAAUUAUGCGGUGGGGGACAUUUAAGGUUCGUUGAGGCUGGAUGGCUGGAUGCAGUCGUCAUGGUGAAGGAUGUUCCGGAAAGUCAAAAAGCGCCACAGCAGCAGCAGCUCGCAAAGCAGUGAGAUCAGCACCAAAAGCAAAUCUGUCGACUCCAGUUUGGGAGGACUCUCCAGAUCCAGUACCGUCGCCAGCCUCGACACAGAUUCCACCAAGAGCUCAGGUAACAGCACGUCUGAAACAUGUGCUGAGUUCCGUGUAAAGUAUGUGGGAGCCAUUGAGAAGUUACAGUUUGACAUGAGCAAGACCCUCCAGGAGCCUCUGGACCUAAUCAACUACAUUGAUGCCACUCAGCAAGACGGAAAGCUGCCCUUUGUGCCGGGAGAGGAAGAAAUGAUUCUGGGAGUGUCAAAGUAUGGAGUCAAAGUGGCGUCUCUGGACCAGUGUGAUGUGCUGCACCGGCACCCUCUGUACCUGAUAGUGCGUAUGCUAUGUUACGACGACGGACUAGGUGCAGGGAAGAACCUCCUGGCUCUCAAAACCACCGAUGCAAAGCAAGAGGAGUGCAGCAUCUGGGUGUACCAGUGCAGCAGCUCGGAGCAGGCUCAGUCCAUCUGCAAGGUGCUGUCGGCUUCCUUUGACUGCGCUCUGACAUCAGAGAAGUCCUGAGAGCAGGACGGGAGCUGAGAUCUGACAAAAUCAGCAACAGUAAAUCAGAAGAUUCCCAAAAAAUUUAAAUUAUUUCCCUUUUGUCUAAAUUUGCUUUGUUUUCUUUAAGAUACACUAGAGGACACAUCUUGUCUAUUUUCCAUGUUAGUUUGUGGGAAAACAAUCAAUUUAGCCUUUGUAUUGAUGGCAAAGUCCCGUCAAGCUCAGUUUGUGGUACGUACCAUCACCCGACUACCAUUCUGCGGUUGAGACAAGACUGUCAAUUUGUCUGAAUCAUUACCUUUGAAUUUGUUUCCUUUACCGCGUGUGUUCCCUUGACCGUUCACAUGAAGUCAAGAGCAAAAAAAGUAACUUUAAGAAAAAAAAGAGAACAUUUUUGCUUCUUUUUUUUUAAAGCAUUGGAGUAAGCAAACAAUGUCAAUAAUUCAUAGUUAAUGUAAGUGAUGGUCGGAAAUGGUACAUAAUGUCACCACCCAGCUGUGUCAAUGUGGGAGACAUUUUUCCCAGAAGGAAAUACCCGGUACAAACAUGCAGUUUGCAGUGGAAAUCACUCCGAUUGCUUUUGUGUUGUUGUGUAUGCUGAAACAAACAGUAUUGGCAUAACAGUCACUUUUUUGACUCGAAGGUACAUUAUACAAAGCUAAAAACUUAACUGUGUGAGUAAAGUCUUUUUUUUAUUUUUUACUUGUGGGAUAUACUUAUUUUUAGUGACAGUUUGGACUUUUAAUGUAUCUUGUGUUAAAGGUCUUUUUACUGCAAGUUUCUUGGUACCAAAGACAUUUAAAAAAAAAAAAAAAUUUUUAUGCAGUGUAUAAAAAUGGAUUAAGUACAUUAGACUUACUGGAACCAGAUAAACCCUAACUGUGAGGCUGUUAGAUUUUGGAGGAAAACGCAUGUUUACAGUCGUGGUACUUACUUACUUCACAGUGUACAUAAUAAUAGCCCAUUCCUCCUUAUUCUGGCCUCCUUUUCAGCGCUGUCCUUUUAAGAUUGGGUUGAAAAUGGGAAUUAAAGAAUUUGAUCUGGUACAAUAAAGGCUUAUUGUUUUGUUUUUGAAGAGUAA